AUGCCGGCUGUCCGCAAGUCAAAAUCGCGAACCAGCACUCCUACCCUCCACGGCAAUUCUUCGCCCUACCAGGCGGAACCACGGAAAUCAAAGAUGCAAAGUUCACUUGACACCUGGGUUGAGCCCGCGCCUCAAAACCCUGCUCCCUCCUUCGAAGAGCACGGCUUCGCGCGACACGGCGUCCUCGAAACCAUGGCAGCUCUCGGCGUCCCUCCUACCACCCGCGUCAAGCAGAAGGCCCGCAGCUUGGGUGAAUCGCUUGCGAAGGGCCCCCUCCUGGGCAGGAAAGGCGCGGCUUUUGGUGAAGAGGAGGGAUCUACCCCGGAAUUGACGCCCGCUCCUGAAGUCGAACGCGACGACUCCGAGCGCCUGGAAGAGGACGACGACGUACCAAUGCCCUUCCUAGAGCAGGACGAGGAUGAGGACGACGACUACAUGCCCAAGCCGGGCCCGAAGAAGAAGCUGAAGACUUCACAUGGCACCAAAACACCUGUCAGGGGUAAAAGCACUGCGCAAAACAAGCCGGCCAGCAACGCAAAAUCACCGGCCAAGAACGGCAUGAGCAAGAACACAUCCGCGACUCCUGCGCUUGCGGACACACAUGGCAACACUCCGGCUCACACCUUGGAUGCAGCACUGAUGCAGACCAUCGAGAUCGCGGUCAACGAUGCCCAUGCUCGUUCUAUUAGGGAUAAUCGACCUAAUGUCGGCAUCGCUUUGAGGAGAAUGUUCAACAGCGGCAAGUCUGAUGUGACGCUGGCGCAUGCUUUGAACGGAAUUAUCCAUCAGAAAGAGUCGGCCGAGGACUGGUCAAAUUUCCGCGGCUUCAUCAAGGCAACCAAAAAGACCAUUAAGCGCGAGUGGAAAAUUCAAAAGGCAGAAGAGGCGGCAAAAGCUAAGAAAACGCACGCUUCGUCCGAGUUCACAGCGCGCGAUGAGUUCGAUUUGUCCUCACCAGCUGCUGGAGGUGAAGGCGCACCCCACCCCACCAAUUUCGAGGUCCAGCCCGCUAUUGUUGCAUCCUUCACAAAAUCCCCUUCACUUGAUGCUACUCGAUCUCCUGCAGAUAGUUCUGAUGGUAUUGAAGUUGAUGGACCAACCCCCCACCCUUUUAGCACUGCCCCGGCCUUCCCGGCAGCUCAAGCAUCAACCCCGCCCACUCCUCGGAUGGGAUCCACGUCGCCUCGUAAACGCACUGCGAACGGCACUCUUGCUCCUAGUAACGAGGCAGAUGCCGCCUCUACUGCUGCUCCUACUCCCGUUCCCAAGUCGCCUACCGGCAGUGACUCGGGGCUAUCGGAAGUUGACGAGGAAAUUCUCCACACAGGACCUCCACAAGCUACCGCUCAGGUAAAUGGCAAUGGUGCCGCAGCAUUCAACAAGAAAUUGAAGAACCUCUCGGGACGCGGCGGCAAAAAACAACAGGCUUCUCGGGCCAGCUCCGAAAAGCCGCCCCCCAAACCGCACCGAAAGUUCAAACAGAACGCGCCGCGAACCGCAGAGCAGCUGGUCGAAGAGGCGGAGAUCGAGAGGAGGCGACAUGAGCUAGCUUACGACCAGCAAAAGCGCUUUGGUGAGCAGCUGUCUGGCUAUGCACAAGUGUCCGACAUGCGCUUCGACGACGACGAGACAGCAUCCAUGACAGAGUCCAUUGCUGCCAUGGGCCCGCCAGGCGACAUCAAUAGGCCACGAAGAACAGGCCGUCCAACUGCGCGCAACGGCAUGUCCAUCCAGACCGGCGGCAUGAAACGCGGACGGGAGAAUUCUAUCUUCUCGUCACCGCACCCCGACUCGGCAGCGACCAGCCGACCCUCUACGCCUGCAGCCGUCAGUCACAUGCCGAGCAAGCGCUUGAAGUUGAACAACGGCCAGGCUGGGCAGGGAAGCCAGGCAGCGAGAACGAAGAAAUCGCCGGUCAAGAAUCGCGAUGGGCCUAUUGCCGGAAUCCCACAUACUGGCGGUGGCGGUUCGAGACAGUCGGGGCCUGAUGACAAUGACCCAGAUCUUCCCAUAGACACGCCGUUACGACCGCUUUUCCAGACGCUUGAACACAUUAACACGCGCGCGUUCACGCUGCCAGCCGAUAUACAAAAUCACUUUGAGAAUGUUGCUGCGCGUCCUGAUGGCUCAUACCACGAAGACGUCAAGAAGUUCCCUCUCUCCAAAAACAGUGGCUAUGGCUACCAGAAACCUGAUUACACAAAGGUUCUUGAUGGCGAUAAACCAAUUUUGUGUGCAUCAUGCGGACUGACUUCUGGCGGGAAACGCCAGAUGCUGAAGUGCGACUACUGCGCGGCUUACUGGCACCUGGACUGUCUGGAUCCUCCCAUGGCAAAUCCACCCCACAUCAACCUUGAGUCCUCGCAUCGUGACGCGUGGCGAUGUCCGCGUCACAUUGAGCACGAUUUCCGCAGCGGAAAUGUUACACAGAAUGAUAUCAACGGCGCACAAGACGAUGUCAUGGUCGACGCGCCAACUCCUAGGCUUGGCCGGAAGGUGCGCAAGCCUAGGCAUCCUCAGGUCAUCCAACCUACUUUCUCACGUGGCAUUCGCAACAAUGGACUGAUCGAUGUCUUGAACGAUCCCGACGACGACACUGAUGGCGAGGGUAAUUACGUGUUUGGUGGUGAAGAGAAGGACAGUAGCUCGAGCGUCUACCGUGUGCCGGAGAAGGGCCUCAUUCUCGAUUUUAUCGACAAGGUCAAGACCGGCCGUAUCAACAAGGCGGCAAAGCUUGCGCAGAGCCGUGCGCAGAGCAAGGCAUCAAGGCAGAAUUUUGCCGCUCGUCCGAUCCAGCAACAACAGGCUGCUCUCAACCUGGCGAAACUGGCCAACAAAGAAACGGACAUUGGUCUCAAUGAGAGCAGCGUCGAUGCGCUUAUUCUGAGUCUCACGGCCGAAGCUCCGAAAGACGUCGUCACGGCCAUCGACACUGCUGCACCGCCCCCGGUUUCCAACGAGGAACGCGAAAUGCUCCUGAAGUUGCAAAAGCUAAUCAAGGCUCGUCUUGAUGGUGCCACAGCGUGA